GAUGAGAGAGGAUAUAUAUUACUAAACCUCAGCUACACGCACCUUCUUCAGCCACCUGCAGAAAGCCAAAAAGCACCAUCUUCAACCUACUCCAGCCGCUUCUUCGGUGACCCUCUCUGUCUCCUUAAACUUAUUUUGAGCAAAAAACGGCAGCAGCUUGCUUUCUACAUCUAGUCACCUCCCAUAUUUUUCUCAUCCUCCGCCAAAAACCGUCAUGGUCAGCCACAACAGCUUCUUCCCUGCCCAAUAUCGUUCUCCUGACACUACCAUAUCCAUACAUCAUGAUCACCAAAAUCCAAACACGAUGUUUUCUUCAGGGGUAAACCUUGAAAGUUACUUAAUUCCACUGGAGGAGAUCAACCGUGCCACGGAAAACUUUAGUCAGCAAAGGUUUAUCGGAAGUGGUGGAUUUGGUGCAGUCUACAAAGGACAACUAUCUGAGCGCUGGCAAAACCGCAUAGCCGCUGUGAAACGGCUAGGUCAGAAUAGUUACCAAGGAGAGCGUGAGUUCCGUAACGAGCUUGAGAUGACUGUCAGAUUACAGAAUGAAAACAUCAUCUCUUUCAUCGGUUACUGUGACGAAGGGAGUGAGAUGAUUAUAGUAAAUGAAUAUGCUAUCAACGGUAGCCUUGAUCAUUACCUCGGGGACCCAAAUAAGAUUGGUUCCAUCACAUGGACACAACGCCUCAGGAUUUGCAUUGGGGCAGCAAGAGGACUAAAUUACCUUCACUCUGGUCUUGGGGAGCACGACAGAGUGAUACACAGAGACAUAAAGAGUGCUAACAUACUGUUAGAUGGCAAAUUCGUUGCCAAAAUUUGUGAUUUUGGCUUGUCUAAAUCUGGUCCCAGAAAUCAGCCAAAUACCGAAUUCUAUACAAAGGUUGCUGGAACCCAGUUUUACUUGGAUCCCACUUACCUUGAGAGCGGCAUCCUACGAAAAGAAUCAGACUUGUACUCAUUCGGUGUAGUGCUCUAUGAAAUGUUGAGUGGGAUGCCGGUUUAUAGUAAGAGGACUAUUGAAUAUGAUGGGCCAGAGAAUCUGAUGAAUUUCGUCCGACGAUACUAUCCCGACAAACUAGACAAGUUAAUUGAUCCCUCCAUAAAGGAUGAAAUUGAUGCUCGUUCAUUUUAUAUCUUCAAAGAAAUUGCAAAUCAAUGCAUUAGCUACAAUUUAAAGGAACGCCCUACGAUGGAAACCGUGAUUCAGAGGAUCGAGAAAGCAUUGGAUUAUCAGGAUGGUGUCGGUUACCUUUUUGAUUGUCUAACACAAAACAUGGGAUUCAGUGAUGGCAAACCUAUUGCAGCAUUUACCGUCUACAAAUGCCUUCUCCAUUGGAAAUGUCUUGAAGCUGAAAGAACUCCUGUACUUUGUCGACUUAUACAUAUUAUUAAUUCCGCGAUUGAGGAUCGAGAUAACAACCAUCAGAUGCCGUAUUGGUUAUCAAAUGCGUCUGUUUUGUUAUUCUUAAUCAAAAAAGGUCUAAAACUUGAUGGUGCAAGUUCUUUUCCAAAACCACCACCUCAAACUUCUAGUUUAGGAAGUUUGACAAUGGCCAAGGCUAAGGCUGCACCUAUGGUAGGACAACACACUGAAGCCAAAUACCCAGUUUUGAUUUUCAAGUUACAACUAGCAACAUGUGUAGAGAAAAUUUAUGGCAUUAUUCGUGACAACUUGAAGAGGGAAGUGGGAUUAUUACUUGACUUAUGUAUUGCGGAACCAAAAAUCUUCAACCGAGCGCCGACACCUACACAGUCAAUUGCAAAAGAGUCAUGUUUCAGACACUGGCUAGGCAUGAUUGAUCAUCUCAACACUUUCCUCAACACAAUGGAAGACAAUUUUGUGCCUCCUAUACUUGUUCUGAAGAUAUGUAUUCAAGUUUUCACAUAUAUCAACGUCAAGCUCUUUAAUAGCGUUCUAGAGGACAGGGAGUGUUGUAGCUUCAGCAAUGGGAAAUAUUUGGAAGGCGGUGUAGCAGAGUUGGAGAUAUGGUGUUUAGAGGCGAAAGAGGAGUAUACAGGUUUAGCUUGGGACAAACUUAAACAUAUCAGACAGGCUAUAAUGUUCUUGGUUAAAGAAAAAAAGAAAAAGAUAUCUUAUAGCAUCUUCCAAAAUCUAUGCCCUAAUCUAAGCAUCACACAGUUGAAAAGAAUAUGCCAGAUGUAUUGGGAUGACAAGUCUGUAACUGGUUAUGUAUCCGCAAAUAUGAAGAAAGAGAUGGCACAAGAUUCCAAUAAUGCUAGGAGUACUUUGUUUCAAUUACGUGAUGAUUGCGGCAUACCUUUCUUUUUUGAUGACCUCUUUACUUCCUUACAAGGAAAAGACUUCUCAAGCGUUAAACCCACCAUGGAACUUGCCAGUUCAAUUUGGACUGGAGUGUUGGCUCUUUCUUAG